AUGGAACUGGUGAAGGUGAAGAGGUACGCGGAGCUCAUCGAUGAGUUCGCCAGACAAGCCGAUGAACCGCUGGAGGUGGAGAGCAAGUCCUCUGAGGACAAGGCAACUAGCGAAAAAAAAAAAAAGGAUGUUAUAGAAAUUAUUGAAUACUUUUCAAACAUGCUCGUAAAAUAUUUUUACAGUGAAGACCAAGAUAAUGAAAUUUCCAUUCUUAACUCUGGGUUCGAUUAUGAGCAGUUGUGGCUAUUCAUCGAGUGCCUCAUAAAGGAGAAGAAGUUGGAGAACCUUCUUUCCUUUUUUGAGAAAUACGAAAGAGAGGUGGUGGAUAGUGAAUUGGGAAGUGCUACCCAAGGGGAAGAUAGUUCCAAUGAGGAGGAAGAUAGCACAGGAGAGACGGGUCAGAGGAAACGCACUUUGAAUCGGGUGAAGAUGAAGGUGAGGGGAGCUUCAUCUAAAAAGAGAAAGGUGAAAUUUUCAGAAGAAGGAUGUGAACUCAACGACGCUACUAGCCUUAGCGUGGAGAACAGGGAGGUUGACCAGAAGGGAGGAGAUGCUUCGGGGGAAGACAAAUUUUUCGAUGAAGAUGAAAUGCACCAAUUUCUGGAUGAGGAGGAGAAAAAAAUGUUACGUGGCCAAUCGGGGAGGAGUUCCGACGAGGGAGAUAGCGACGGCAAUGAGGUCGGUGACGAUGUUGAUCUUAACGAAUUCGACUGCGACUACGAGGAGGGCCGCAAGUUGAAGUACGACGAUUUCUAUCGAGGCGGAAGCGACAACGACGAUGAUGAAGAUGAUUAUGAUGAUGAAGAAGAGGAGGAUGAUGACGAAGAUGAUGUUGAUGAGGAGGAGGAAGAAGACGAAUACAAUGAUGAGGAUGACGAGGAUGAGGACGACCUAGACGAUGAAGAUGAUGGAAACGAUGAUAAUGACGACGACGAAGUCGACGUGGAGGAUGACGAGGAAACUGGGAGCUCAGAGGGGGGGGAGCCCCGCGAACGGCGCGGACCAGAGCAACGUAGCCGAAAAGAGAAGGAUGAAGAAAUCGAGCGUGAACUUCAGGAAAUAAAUCAGUUUGACAGUUUGCACCGGGGUGAAGACGACGAUAGUACGAAUGGUGAUGGUGCAAAUGGCGAUGGUGCAACAGAGGACGAGGAGGACAACUCCAAAAUGGACAAGGAGAAAAUAGAGAAGGAACUGAUCGAGAAGAAGCACUGGUCUCUCACCGGAGAGGUGUUUGCACACGAUCGCCCGAAAAACAGUUUGCUUAAUCUAAACGUUGAUAUACCGAAAUUAAGUUCCGGUGGGAAUGAUGCGUAUGUAAGUAAAACUGUUGGAGAGGAGGACGACGAACAAAGUGAUGAGAACGCAGAAGAAGGAGGAAUUUUCAAUGAAGGUGCGUUUGGGACAGAUGGAACCGAAACCCACAAGGGAGGAAAAAAACUUUUAAGCAAAAGCAAGCGCAGGAACCUGCUGAAUGAUGAAAUAGAAAUGGUGGUGAAGCAGAGGAUUCAGAAUAUGUUGUUCGAUGAUGUAGAAAAAAAACGAAUAGAAGAUUUGGAUCUCCUGAUGAAUGAAUCCAAAGAGAGAGAUGGAAAAGAAGACGAAGUUAAUUUCGAUCACCUGAACUUCAACAAAAGUAAGCUCAGUCUAGCAGAUGAAUAUACAAAAAAGUAUGAAGAAGAAAUAAAAAAUAAUCCAUCUGAAAAGAAAGAAAUAAAUUUGCAAAAGUUGGAGUUAAUGAACCUAUACAAGAAGAUAAUCCACUUCUGUGAUUCGCUAUGCAAUGAUUAUUACCUUCCCAAACCAACACUACUUAAUCCAUCGAACAAAAAUGAAAAGUUCUCUAAUCUCCAUAUCGAAGAGACCAUUCCUAUUAUUCUAUCGGAGAAAGACAGAAGUGCACCUGAACAAUUAUUUCAACCAGGACACAUAAAACAAUUGGAGGAAAUGCACCAGAAGGAGAAAAAAUCUAUUAGAAAAUCCAACAAGGUGAAGAGGAAGAAGAAGUUACUUCAUCUGUUUGGACAAAGUGGGAAGGGAAUCAAUGAACUGAAAAAGAGGAAUGAAUACCUCAGUGGCAAAAAUAAGAAAAUCAAGGGGGAGAAGGAAAGCGCCGCCAAGUACGGUGUAGGUUCCAAGGACCAGUUAAGCGGCAAAGGGCGCAGUCGCUACGACUUCGCUGGGGCCAUCUCCCAAGCGCAGGCCCGCGAUAAGAGAGGCCAAGGAGGUAUGCGCCAGAAGGGGUAG